UCUGCUUCUUUUGUAGGUUUCUUCAUUGUGAUGGUUGCUCUAUCCGUCUCCUAGAUGUCAAGAUCAGAGGGCACUCAACAAUGUGAAAACGAAGCUGCCGCUUGGGCUCAUCUCCCUGGUGGCUGUUCUGGUUGUUCAGACAGAUGUAUGAAUUACCACAAGCAAGCUUUUUUAGGAUCUUUUUGUCGCUCUGGCUAUCGAGGAGAUGCAACAUGCAUAUGCUGCAUUGCCUACCGGGAAGAUGAAGAUUUAGAAGAGAUUGCACCAGCAGAGGCACCGGAAAUGGCGCCCGCAUCUUCACCAAUAAUAGCAUCAACAAUGAUGGAAGCUCCACAAACUCCUCCUUAUGUUGAACCUAUGGCUCCACAGGCUCCUGCAGUUGUCGCCCCCAGUAUUGAAACCACGGCUCCACAAUUUCCUUAUCAUCCAUCAGGAAAACUGAAAAAGAAAAAGCAUCCGAAAUUCAAUCCCAUCUCCCCUACUGCUGAACAUGCAGCUCCACGAGCCAGAGAAAUGAAAAAGAAAAAGCACCCUAAAUUCAAUCCGGUCUCCCCCUGUGCUGAACAAGCCGCUCCACCAGCCUCUCCCCGAGCCAGAGAAAUGAAAAAGAAAAAGCAUCCUAAACUCAAUCCAAUCUCCCCGUCUGCUGAACAUGCCGCUCCACCAGCCUCUCCGCGAGCCAGAGAACUGAAAAAGAAAAAGCAUCUUAAAAUUGAUCCCAUUUCCCCUAGUGCCAGACAUGCAGCAGCACCAGCCUCUCCCCGAGCCAGAGAAAUGAAAAAGGAAAAGCAUCCUAAAAUCAACCCCGCUUACCCCGGCGUUGAUGAUGAGGCUUCACCAGCUUCUCCCAGGGCCAAAAAAGUGAAAAAGGAAAGAUAUCCCGAAAUGGAUCUCAUCUCCCCAGAUGUUGAACAUGCUACACAAACUUUUCCCCAAGCCAAAAAACUGAAAAAGGAAAAACAUCCUAAAAUUGAUCAUUAA